AUGGCUGUCUACUUCACCUCCAAAACCUAUAGAGAGUCAUACCACACCGUACGAGGAAGCCUGAACGGAGAUCCGCAAAAACGCGAUUCGGCUAGACAAUUUGUGUUCAGUGACAAUCACCAAUUUGCUCCCUCUUCAUGGCACAAAUACCAGACUGAAGACGACAGUCUAGUCUGCGGACUUUACAACAUGCUGACCUUCGACAUGUUGUUGGCCGCAAUCUUAAUCACGGCAGUCUUCUGA